AUGUCCAUGCAGGUGAGGAGUAUCGUCAGUGGGCCCAACAAAUCAAGACUCGAACCCAACUUCAGGAACUACAUCCGCAGCCGGGUAAAAUAUCGGACAAGUCAAAAGAUCGUGGUGAGGGAGGGAGAAAUAAGAGGACAGGAGGAACAGAUACUCCAGGGCAUAAAGGCAGAGGUGAAGUACAUCAUCCUCAGACAAAGCGUCGCGGAGUUAGAAAUAGUGCGUAAGAAGGGAGAGACAGGACCAAACCGAGCGAAGGAGAUAGAAGGGUGGGAUAAUGACAGGAACGAAACGGAGAAAUCCUACAGGUCCUCGGGAUAA